GGCAAAUGGUUCGUUUAGACGGACACCGGUUCGGUCAGUUCACGGGAAUAGUCGUAAAGUUAUUUUUCUUUGGAGGCACAUAUGUAAUGUUUGUCUACGUAUUUCUAUGGCAGCAACUUUUUGUCAAACACCUCCCAACUCCAUAGAUCAUUUGUGUCCAACCCUGGCUUCCUUUGAGGCUUGGACUGCCUGUGUCAGUGCGGUGCAGCAAGGAAUGCUGAAGGAGCAUGGCAUCAACGAAGGUCGUGUGGUGGAGACAGAACAUCCCUACGCUGCCAAGAGUGCGCGCUGGAGCGAGACAGUGCGCUUCGAGAAUGCCAAGCAAUUGCAGGUCAGCUUCUCGAAUCGCUGUCGAACCUAUGACAGUUGCGCCUCCGUGAGUGUCCAUUCAGGCAGCCUCAGCAAGGCCAAUGCCGGAGUUGGCGCCCGAGUGCAGGUGCAGGCCAUGGCCAGCGACGCCUCGAUCCAUGGCACUCUCACGGGGCGCCUGGAGGGGCAGAAGUGGAGCGUCCGCAUUGACCACGAUGAGGCAGAGAUUUCUUCUCAGUUCCGCGAGUGGUUGGAGGCAGACCCUGCGCGUAACAGCAUGGUCACGGUGGCUCAAGAGGUCAAGGUGGUCGAGGCCUACUACGAGGAUGGCCUCAAGGCGGGCGAUGAGAUUCAUGGCUUCCAUUUGGACAUGUCCAGUCCCAUGACGCCUUUCAGUGUGACUGGCUUCAAGAGUAUGGGCCCAGCACAAGAGGAUGGCGUGAUGGUGGGCUGGUACUUAGACGUGGACGCCUUGAUCCAAGAGGAGUCGUUCCAAGAGUUGGAAGCUCCGGAGCUCGGUCCCUGCCCGACCUGUUGGGAAGAAGCCACUGCUGAUCUGCAGUCCUUCCAAAAACGCUUGGAUUUGAUGCUCCGGGAGGCGGACGACAUCUGUUUGGUCUUUUGCAACGGUCUGGACUUCAAGCUGCUACCAGGAGCUCAUGCCACCUAUGACAAAGAACCCUUUAUGAAUGUCAGUGACGAGAUUGAGAGCUUCGAGACCAAUGGAGAGUUGGUGACGAUCGGCUCCUUUAAGGAGGAGGGUCCCGCACAGCAGUCGGGUGCACGCGAGGGUUGGCAGCUGAAUUUGGUCGAGACCUUCAAACUGCCCUCGAACCAAAGGUCCUUCGGCCAGCUCAGCCGCCAGCAGGUCUUGGAGGAUCCAGAGGCGCUUCUGAGCUUAUCCAACGUGAAGCUCAUUUUCGAGCCCCGUGACGCGUCCAAUGUGUGCUACCACGUCGGCUACGGCGAUAGCAGCAAUUUCCCGAGCGUCAGCUGUCCCACCAACAGCAUCGAGCUCCGCUGGGAGACGGACGGCGACGGGAGCCAUUCCGCCGAGAGCCGCUGGGGCUUCUUCGCACUGGUCACGCCGGACGAUGGCCGGACGCCGGAUGACUCGACGAUCAACAGCCUGGCGGACAAGUGGCUGAACGAGACACUCAGGGCACAAGGUCCCAAGGGCAACAUCUCUGUGGAACCGGAAGAUUGGGACGAGUCGCGACUGAGGGCGCUUUGUGCACGGCAUGGGUGGCAGUUCGAAUGGAUGACCGAGGAGGGCGAGAAGCGGCGGCGCAUCGAGGGCGCCGGCCGUGCGAAGCGGGCGGCGGAGAAGGCGGCAAAGAAGGAGGCCAGCAGCAGCGCUGUUGCUGGCGGCGCUGCCUGGUGGCGGCUGGACUCUGUGGUGAAGGCUUUUGCCUUCGGGAACAACACCCAGAACAAAGCCAAGAUUCAGCCGCCACCGAAGCCCAAGCACAUGAUCGGAGACAAAGUGACCCAGGAAGGAGCUGACCCCGCGGUGGCCAAGCUGAAAAGCGAGGAGAUGAAGUUGCAAUCCAAGCUGCGCUAAGGUCCACGCAGUCGCAGCGAAGUUCCUGCAGUGAAUUGCGCUGCACGUGCUCGAGCGAAGGUUCAUAGUGGAGGGCGAGACGGCGAG